UUGCAGAUGCUAACAUGGUUCUGAAAGAUUCCUGUUCUUGACGACAAAGAUGAUUGGUGGAAAUUACAUGAGAAUCUUCUUUAGUCUCAACAACACAUUUGACAAACAGUUGACAAACAGUUGACAUCUCCAUUUCUUUUCCCAAAUGGAAACCCCAAGCCCAGUGCCCAAACACUUCCCAAAGGUCUUAGUUCUCCGUCCCUCAGAUGUUUUCACCGUUCUCGAAAAUAAAUUCUCAGGGAAAUUCGAAUUCCUCAAAGCAUGGGAAUUCCCGAUUCCCACCGACCAAUUCCUCUCCACCCACGCAACUUCCGUGGAAGCCAUGUUCUGCUCCGCCAACACUUCGGUCACCGCCGCCGUGCUCCGCCCCCUGCCGUCGCUUAGGCUCAUCGUCACCACCAGCGCCGGCCUCGACCACAUCGACUUGCCGGAGUGUCGCCGCCUUGGAAUCUCCGUCGCCAACGCCGCCACCGUAUUCUCCGAGGACGUCGCCGACACGGCGGUCGGACUUUUGAUUGAUGUUCUGAGAAGAAUCACCGCCGCUGAUCGGUACGUUCGUGGUGGUCUUUGGCCAGUCAAAGGAGACUACCCUUUGGCUUCUAAGUUGGGAGGCAAGCGAGUUGGGAUAAUCGGAUUAGGAAGCAUUGGCUUAGAAGUUGCAAAGAGGCUUGAUGCCUUUGGCUGCACUAUCUCAUACAAUUCAACAAAGAAGAAACCGCACGUUGCUUUCCCCUUUUAUCACAACGUUCUCGACCUUGCAACUAACUGCAAUGUCCUAGUCAUUUGUUGUGCAUUGACAGACCAAACGCACCACAUGAUCAACAAAGAAGUCUUGUUAGCAUUAGGAAAGAAAGGAAUUGUUAUAAACAUUGCACGCGGGAGUGUUAUUGAUGAGAAAGAACUCGUGCAGUGUUUGGUCCGAGGAGAGAUUGCAGGUGCCGGGUUGGAUGUGUUUGAGAAUGAACCUGAGGUUCCUAAAGAGCUCUUUGAAUUAGAUAAUGUUGUUAUGUCACCGCAUCGAGCGGUCUUUACAGAAGAAUCUUUUAAUGAUUUGUGUGAACUUAUGGCCGGGAACUUCGAAGCUUUCUUCUCAAACAAGCCUUUACUGUCUCCGGUUGACUAAAAGGAGGUUUGUUUCUCAAUGUCUCUUGUCUUGGAUGAAUGAUUGGAUUAUAUUUGCUGGUUUGUGUUGUGUGUGUCUUGUAUUCUACUUGGUCUGUGCUUAUGAUUCGUUCUGGCCUGCACAACCCAAUUAAUGUGGCAAAUGACGAAGGUUUCUUCUGAGUCCAACCCGGUUCUUGUUAUUAUGAGUUAUUUUGGGGAUUAUGGUAAUGAGAUCAGAGAGAACUCUUGUUGGAGACAGCUUUUCAGAUAGACAACCACUCCUUGUAAUUUCUUCUAUUUUGAUAGUGAAUUGUUUGUCAUUUUUUGCUGGUGGAUAUAGGCAUAAUUCAAAACCUCGUAUAUAAGUUUGUGUUGUUGCAUGAUUGCUUUGUUUUACUUUCUCAUUUUCAUUUGUUCCCUUAUAAUAGUUUGUUUCUCAUA